AUGACAUGGACGCUUGAACUUCGAGGCGAAGGCCCAAAAUGGGGCCCAGAUACUGACUUUUGUCGGGACUGUGCCAUAAUAUUUGGGCAAUCGGCUAGAAUAGAAAAAGAGGGGGCAUUCAACCAAAAGGGACGAGAAGGGUACCAUAAUUUUGGUAGAAGCUACAAUGUCGACGAGGCUGGGGCCCAUGAUUAUGUGCGUGGGAGGAUAGAGAAGAGUGUGUGUGUGCCUGCACGCUUUCUGCCUUUGUCUCCCGACCGAGCCAGUGCCGAUCAGAGACCCACAUUCUCCGCCACUUGCCUUCGGCCAGAAACCCUCCUUCAACCCCUCCAGCCCAUUUCGCCCAAGUCUUAUCCCAUUUUAUCCACCCACCCCCUCCUCGAGACGGGCCUUGUGCAGCCGCACACCACACCUAGGCAAUGGCACAUGAGCACAUUCAAGUAUGUCUGUAUGCCCAUGCCAGCAUGUACGCACUUGCACGACUCCGUGCCUAACCGACAUGGGGAGGAGACUGGGCACGGGUGUGACAAUUGGAUCCUGGCGACCGAUCAAAAGGGCAGAUUAAGAUGCGACAGACGAGGAGGUUGGCUGCUCUCUUCCACCAACUGUACAUACGCCUGCCCACGUCAUCGCCACCACCUUCCUUCUACUAAUCUACGCCCGGCACGGGUCUGUUGGCAUGGCGCGAGCAGACGCGCCGGCUGCCCAGCCGACAUGACAACACCAAGUGACACGGCUGCAUGUCGACGGCUGAUUUGGUGCUCCGAGUGGAGAAAUCAGUUCAAACUGCGUCCAAGAUCGUGUACAUUUCAUGUUCUCAAGUCCCCCCUUUUUUAUAUAGCCCUAUUUUGUGGACAUUACGAUUGA